CUCGGCUUGGCUUUUAUUUUGAAAAAAAAAAAAAAAAGAGACUCAAACCACGUACGGGAAGUCGGAGGGAAUAAUCAGCUAGAAUCCGCGGAAAUCAUCAACAGGACUAUUUGCCUUAACUUAGCGAGCUAUCCAUCUUGUCAACUAUCUAUUUUUCAUUUACUUUCCUAUUGCUGUCCAAACGCCACACUGGCGAUGUCGGACUCCUACGAUUUCCUGUUUAAAUUCCUGGUGAUUGGGAACGCUGGAACGGGCAAAUCCUGUCUGCUGCACCAGUUCAUAGAGAAGAGAUUUAAGGAUGAAUCCAACCACACAAUUGGAGUAGAGUUUGGCUCCAAGAUCAUCAAUGUGGUCAACAAAAUGGUCAAACUGCAGAUUUGGGACACAGCAGGACAAGAAAGGUUCAGGUCUGUGACCAGGAGUUACUACAGAGGUGCAGCAGGAGCUCUGCUGGUCUAUGACAUCACAAGUCGAGAGACCUACAACGCUCUGACCACAUGGCUGAGUGAUGCCAGGAUGCUGGCCAGUCAGAACAUCGUCAUCAUCCUUUGUGGGAACAAGAAGGACCUGGACGCGGACAGAGAGGUCACGUUCUUGGAGGCUUCCCGCUUCGCUCAGGAGAACGAGCUAAUGUUCCUGGAGACCAGCGCUCUAACAGGAGAGAACGUUGAAGAGGCCUUUGUCCAGUGCGCUCGGAAAAUCCUCAACAAGAUAGAGUCAGGCGAGCUGGAUCCAGAGAGGAUGGGCUCAGGUAUCCAGUAUGGCGACGCUGCGUUACGACAGCUUCGUUCUCCUCGCCGUGCUCAGCCACAGGGCACCCAGGAGUGUGGCUGCUAGUGGACGCGCCCAGUAACACACACAGACAAGUGUGUUUCUGACGGGCUUGUGAAGACCAGGAGAAGAACAGCCACGGGGGACCCAGGGUUCACCUCGCUAUGCUGGUGAUUCCUCUCCGACCUUUCACCUUUCACACCAAUCUUCAGAACCUUCAGAACUUUUGUUGUCAUGGCUGCCCCCCCUCCCCCCCCUCUCAGAACUCUGAGCAUCUCUCCAAGGUAACCAGAGACAGCCCACCACAUUCUGCUCCACUAUUGGACCAGACCUUUCCUAGCCCUCCAAUCAGGAUGUGUAUUACUGACAUGUACGUAACUUCUCUCUCGCUCUCUCUCUCCCCCCCCACCCCACCUUUCUACUUAUCUGCCCUCACACCUGCUAACCCUACAUCUUAGUUUUCUCCCUUAUCACUAUUCCCAUUUACUUUCCAUCUUGAAUACUGGAAAGACCAGUGUGUAGGGUGUAGGAGGAUCUAUAGGCUGAAAAAAAAUAAUAGAAGUCAUCUUCCUGUUUUAAUCAUUUUUUUGCAAUCUGCAACCUCAAAGCUAGAUCCCACUAAAUCCUACACACUGGUCCUUUUUAAAGGAAAAGUUUACAUUUUUAGAAAUGUCUUUCCUUUUGCAUUCAAGAAAGAAGAAGUAACAUGUUAAUUAGACAGCUUUUAAGGCGCUAUGAGGUGGAUUUUGGAAUUUUAGAUCUAGCUAGGCUAACCAAGUCUGCUUCUUCGCCUCCUGGCCCCAGAUUAAUACUUGAUACAUUGUAUCAAUUUUUCUCACAUAAUUCUUGGCAUGACUUUUUUCUUUUGUCAAACUACAUGCAUAUCCAAAAGCCUCCCCUACUAUGGAAGUUCUCUUUGCUACACAACGGCUCCGAUUGCCUGUUAACUUCCUGUUUUAAACACAACACAAUACAUUUUGCACUCCCUGCAUCCCGUCUUACACACUUACUCUCCCAGUAAAGUAUCUCUCUGAAUCUCCUCCGUUGCCCUACAGCAUCUUGUACACUGUACAGUGUUUCUGUAUAUAGACUGAUGCAUGUUUUCUCAAACAGAAUAUCAGAGUAUUUCAUUAUGAAGAGAUAUUAUAUGUAUAUUAAAGUAGAUAUCAUAUCCAGAAUCUGUUUUAUGCUCCAUUGAAUUAAUAACAUGUUAAGCCACAAUACACUGGCAACAUGUAAGCAGUAUAGAUGGUCAGUACUGUUUGUGACUGGGACAAGCUGAUGUGGAUUAUAUUAUGGACUUACAUGUUUACGUGGGAAAAUGCUGUUUUAUCAUUGUCAAGAUUAUAGAUUGCAAAAAAGAAAUAUAGAAAUAUUAUGAUCAAUGGAGUGUGAAAGUCAUGUCAUCUUUUAAUUUACAGUGGUAUGCUCAGCAUUUACCAUUCAGUUAAAUGAAACACUCCUUUUAUCCAAAAGAAUCCAAUGACUGAUCCCUCUCAUUUAUAAGUGACGCCUGUUUACAUGAAUGCCUCACUGACUGCCUGCAGCUGUGGGGUAACACUGAAUGCAUUUCAAGUUUUAGCAACAGUAUGAAACUAUCUGAUGUGUGUUUGAUUUUUAUUUGUCUCCAAAGAUAUUUGAUGCUCAGUUCAGCCACAUGAAGCUCUCGACACAAAACAAUUCAACUGGGGAAUUUCUUUGAAGAAUUAGGUUUAGGUGUGUUUUGCGUAGGUGUAUUCAAGCAUCACAACAACACAUUUAUGUUUUUAUUAUUUAUAACAUUUUAGACCCUUGACAAUUAUGCAUUAUGUUUAAAUCAAGCACACUUCAAACUAGAAAUAUUUAAAAUUAGAAUUCAUCUUCUGGUGGCUUUGGCUGCUCCACGUCAGGUCGCCGUCUUGUGUUUAUGUCAUCAAGUCCUUUGUCUAUUUAUGUCUGUUUUUCUCUUGUCAUUAUGAAUAUCAUGGAUUUUUAAUUUAUUGUGUAUAAUAAAAGCAUAUGUUUUUUAAAUAAAAACUACGACAAAUAUAGCAGUCUUUGAAAAGCAGCUUUUGUUGGUUUAAUCCAUGUUUUUGUUGAUGGUUUUUCUUUAAAGAGAUUUAAUUUCUUAGUUUUCUGAAUAAUAUGUGUAGUUUGGUGGAGAUGAACAGAUGCAAAAAAAGUGAUUUAUUAAAAAGCUUUGCACCACACCAUUUAACUUCUUUUCCUCCAAAUAAAAUAUGUACACAAGUCAGUUUAAAGCCUAAGAUUUAAACAUAGAAAUGUUAAGUAUCAUGCCAUUUUACAAUUACAGUAUUCUGUAAUUGUUAUGCUCCUUAUGUCAUCAAUUAUAUAUGUGAGGAACAGCAGAAGCUUUUCCACUAAAACCAGACUCGACACUGUGGAGUUUGUCAAGAAGUGAGAUGAAAGUACUCCUGGUGCCUUAUUGGUCAUAAACUCUAUUUCUUCUCCACUUUGCCUGAUUAAAUUUAUUGAGUAGGAUGAUCAUAUGUGAUUACUGCUAUAAAUUAUCAAAAAUGUCCCUUUUUUUCUGCACAAUAUUCACAUCAAUAACAUCAAUACAUACAGUUGUGCAAAGGAGAAAAAGUCUUUUCUCCAGUUUUUAUGGAACGACGACUGACACAAGGACACAGAGGGAUCUGAUUCUCAUAAAAACACCAGAUCUAUUACACAAAGGAUUAAAAGUCCAUUUUUGUUUU